AUGUCGACCUACGAAAUCGAACAUAAUACCACCGACCCUUCAACGGCCCCUAUCGCACGCCGCCGCCGCCCCGACCUCUCCACCUUCUUCUCCACCCUAUCCCAGAUCACUCCAGCUCCCGACCACAGACCUCAUGCAGUCCCUGUGCCUGGAGAUGUGAGCGCAGCCUUCUUCUCUCUCGCAGAGGCAUUGAAUAUGAUGCGCCGCGAGGCCGAUCCCGCGCCGCACCCCAACGCGCAGGAGAGUACUGUUGACGCCGACUCAGAUGUCGAUCGCGAUCUGUUGACCACGAUGAUCCAGUCGCUGCUCGCGCAGGCAGAUAUGCCGCCGCGGGAGGUGGAAGGUGUUGAUGAGGAAUUCUGUGAUAAACUAACCACGCCGGGAUCACUAGUGCUCGACCGCGUCCCCAAAGCAUCCCUUACACCCGCUGAUACCUGCCCUAUCUGCAACAACCCCUUCAUGGAAGAUGCCUACCCACUCGUCGUCCAGCUGCCCUGUCACCCCACCCACCGCUUCGAUUUGGAAUGUGUGCGGCCCUGGCUGCGGCUGCGCGGAACAUGUCCACUUGACCGCAUCGACUUUGCGAAGCAACUGAGAGAUAAGGCGGAUGCGAAGAAGAAGCUUGUUGAAGAAGAUGAGGAGGAGGAGUGGGAUGGCAUGUAUGGCUGA